CUCAAAUCAGGAUGGCAUCCGAAAUCUAUGACUAAUUAGUAACAGUUUUUACAAAUACAGAUAAUAAAAUCAGAAAUGAAACAGAGAAACAAUUAGUGACUAAUUUAAUAGAAAACAUUUAGAAUUUUUAAUAAAUUGCCAAAGUAGCUAUGCAACAAGACAAAAGUAAAAUAUUCUUUAAUAUUUCUAUAGUGUAAGAACAGGCAGCCAGUUUAUUAAAUUCAGUUGUGCUGAAGAUGCUAGCAAAUAACAGUAUUUUUUUAUCUAACUAUUUUAGUUUAAUUGACUAUUCAUCACGCCAAUUCAAUCCUGGGAGUUCUGAUUUCUCAAUAUACACCCUUAAAAUGUAAAUAAUCCUUGGUAAAGUGUAUGAGUUAAAUAGUGAGGAAAGAUAAAAGUAAUUAUCCACUAAAUUUAGGUGUAAAGACUGAAAUUGAAAAUAAAAUGAAGGAAUUUUUACGCCAAGAUCAACAUUGGCAAUUUUAAACAGGAAUCAUAUUUUUUAAGAUCUUACAGGACUCUUUGGAAUUAUAAACAUAUAGUUCAAUUGUCUAAACUGGUUAUGAAUGGAUAAGUGAGUUUUUCAAUCAAACUGCGUAUAUCAUGACUAAAUUAACAGAAUAGCCAAAAGAACUACCAGAUGAUUUCAUCACAACUAUCAGAAUCUAUACAUAAGUUGUAUCUGAUCUAUGUGAAAAAGUUUUUGACAAAAAUAAUAGUUAAAAAGAAUAAACUUAGCCAAUACAAAAUAUUUUGUUCCAAUUAAAUUCUUUCUCAGGAGUUCUGAUGAUUUUAUUAUCUUAUUCUCCAUAAACAGGAAAAUAGAUUCAAAAUUGCUCCAUUAUUAAUACAGGAAAUGAUCACUUUGACGCUCAAUUAAAUGAAAUUAAAUGUUAAGUUUUCAAAAUCUAUUUCUUGUGUUUAUAAGUUUUAUUGAACAGUCGAAAUAAGAAUGAAGUGAAAAAAGGAGCCUUUGGACCUUAUCUAACAACUAUAACAUAAUUGCUAAUUUAUAGCUUGUUGGCUUAUACAAACAGUGAACCCAUUCAUUAAAUAUACAAGUAUUCAUUCAACUUUCUAUAAUUAAAGUAAACCCUAUUUGACAAACAUCAUGACCUACAUAAUGAAAUUAUUGGCUAAUUUAGGAUCAUAGACAGAACAAUACCAAAUCUUUUCUGACUCCAAAAUAGCCUUAAUAACAGAUGCAAUAUACCCAUUUUUGAUAACAUCUUAGAAGGAGUAUUAAUAAAUGAAAGACCAACCAGAAGAGUUUGUUAAUUUAGCCUUGGAUUCAGUAGAUAAAUAGGAAUCAGAUGUUCCAAAGACAGCAGCAGCAUCUUUAUUAGAAACUUUAUGUGAUCAUAUUGAUGGAUCUACUACAUUUUUGGCAAAUUUGGCAGUCAUUAUAUCAUAACAUUCUAUCAACAUGAUAUCGAAUAACCCAGUUUAAUUGAAGGAUUAACAAUUGACUUUUAUAAUGGCAUUGCAAGAUAAGUAAAAAUACAAUUCAUAUUAGGAAAUUGUUCAAAGAAUAUACUCCAGUUGAUAGAAUUGAAAGUAGUUUAGUAAUUUUGACAAUUAUGAGUUAUUUGAUAUAGAAAAGAUUGGAUAUAGUGUUAUUGAUGGAAUAACUUCUAACUGAUAAUUUAUUAUACUUUUAGAAUGUUUAAGAAUAAAUAAUCAAAUUAAGACUCUCCCUAUUCUUUGGAUAUUAUUGCGAUAACUUAUUCAAAAAGGAGACUCAAUCUUAAAACAUGAAUGCUUAUUUAUAAAUAAUGAUCAGUUUUGUAUAACCACAGGAACCUGUCGUACUUUAUUAAUCAAUUGAUGCAUUAAAAGAUAUAUUUGAAGAUGAUGAUCUCAAAAACAAAACCAAAGAUUUGGUAGUAUUACUAUUCCCCUAAUUAUGUAAUGGACUCCAAUAUAGUACAUAUGAAAGACACUUUGAAACAAUAACAAAUUUGCUAAAAAAGUAUCCAAAUCAGUUUUUAUAAAAUGAUAACCUAUUAGUUGGGUUAAUCCAAGUGUUGAAUUAGAGAGUCAUAACUGAAUAGUAGAAAAUAAAUUCAGGUGAUCAAUAAAGGCAUAUCUAUUUAAAUAGAUGUUGGAAUGUACUUAGGUAAUUGGCUGAACAAGAUGAAUUCAGUGGCAUCCUAGGCAAAUUAGAGUAGCAUUUAGCAUAAUUGUAUUCAAUGUUAGCCUAUUGUGAUAAAAUAGAUUAUGAUGAAGAUCUAGUGCUCUUUAUUUCUGGAUGUAUCACUAAAUUAUCAGUCGUAACAGAAUUGUAGAUGCAAAUCUUGCCAUAUUUCUAAAAUAUCAUCAAAAAAUAAUAGGGAAGAUUGUGCAAUCUCUUUGAAACCCUCAAUCAAUACAUGCAUUUCGGAAGAAACUAUUUUAUUAAUGAGGCUUAGCAAUCCAUCUACUUUUAAUUAGCAUUCUAGAAUCUUCAAAAUGAAGAUCUCCAUGGUGAUAUUGAAUAAGGAGAAGGGGCAUUGUUAAUUCAAUUAGGAAUCCAAGAACUGCAUGAUGAUCUUAAAACAAAUAUCCUUUCCCAAAUACUAUUCCAAACUAUCUAACUCCUUUAAAAACAAGAUAUCAAUGAGCACUUAAAGUCUAGAAUAACUGGUAUCAUUUUGAGUUCUCUUUAUAAAAUACCCGAAAAAACCUAUGAAGUAUUAACAGAAGUUUUCCCAGCUGUAUAUAAUAGAAUCUUGGAAACUCAUUAUUCCCCAGGCUACGAUAUCAAACUAUUUAUUAUUACAAUGUCCUCUUUGAUUAUGAAAUAACCUAAUCUCCUGACCCCCAAUUUGCUGACGAUCAUGGUUAACAAUUUAAUUGCUUAAGAGAAAUAUGAAAAAGACUAUAAAUAUAAAUAAAAUGAGUAAUUAAUCUUUUAUUAACCCUAGUUAUAUGGAUGAUGAGUUAGAUGAUGAAGAUGACAGCGAUUUCAAUGAUGAGGAAGAAAUCUAAUAAGCUUAACAAUAAACUGAAUAAUUCUUAAGUUCUAUUGUAAAAUUAGAUGAAUAUACUUUAUUCAAAUAGACCCUCCUUAGCAUAAAAAAUUAGUAUAUCAAUUAAAUUCAUUUUUUAGAUUCCCAUAGGCAAUUGAUUAAUUGAAAAAUGGAUUGGAAUAAACAAUUAUUAACAAAAUCAACGAAUAAUUAUAAUUUGUUCGAAUUGAAACUUUAGAUGGAGAAGAGCUUAGAAAAUUUCGAAACCUUAAAAAUUGCAAUCGCAAAAAGUAAUUUAAUAAUUGA